AUGCGGUUAGUCGGGUUGGUCGUUAUUGCGGUAACGCUACAAGUUACCUAUUCCAUCGAGUGCUUCCACUGCCACGACUGCGACAACGAGGCCGCCGAAGUAAAAACCUGCCAUAACGAACAUUCGCAGUGUUAUAGUUUGCUUGGGCCAGUGACAAGGAGAGGCUGUGGUACAAAAUGCCCCUACAACUCCAGAUUCGAAGAGGAGGAAUGCCAUUUGUGUAGCGACGAUCUGUGCAAUCAUCACCAACAAGGAGCAUUCCUGCGCGAGGCCAUCCACCACCAUCGUGGACAUCGGCUGAGGAGAGACAAAGACCAACUGGUCCACAGCCACACCAGCCAUUACCAAGACGGAAGCCAAGUGAAGCACUUCGAGAGCGCCGCCGAUGAGCUACCGCCGCUUGGUGGAGGCGUCGAGCAGACGGAGGAGGUCGUAAAAAUGGCCCCAUCUGAUCCCCGCUACGGCAAGGUUGACGAAGACGGCGUUGCCUAUUUGCCUAUUGACGAAAAAGGCGACAUUCUGCCAGAAUACCGCCACCUGCUCGACAAGUACACGGGCGGCUCGAUAGCGCAGAAAACGGUGAUUGAUGCCGGCGGCGACAAAAUUGUUGAGGUGAAAACGAGUGGCGAUGUCUAUCCGCCGGGCGUCGCUGCUGAGGACAUCAUCCGAGAGGAUGAAGACAAAAUUAUCGGUGCUGGCAUUGGAGGCGGAGCUGCCCCGAAGGUUGAACUACCCGAGAUCCCGGCCGAGAUGAGCGAGGAAGAGAUGACGAAGAUGGCCGAUCAGAUUGAGAAAAUACUGGAAGACGAGAGGGUGAAGGCGAACACCGACAAGAUGAUCGCCGACGAAACGAAGGCUAUUGGAGAAGGAGCAGUUCCUUCACCCACUGCAAAGCCCGACUCGGCGUCCUCAUCCACCUAUGUUCUCUCAUUCAUCGCCAUGAUCUUGAUUUACAUCUUG